GUGCGUUCGACGCGGACUACCGGCUCACGGGCCUCGAGAAGUUGUUGGCCAAGGCGGCGGUCAACGACGACGGCCUCGUCGAGGACAUGAAGACGGAGCUGCGGAACGAGUUCGCGACGAUCAAGAACACGUUCAAGCACUACGCGUGCCAGAGCAGCGAGAUGUUCACGAUGGGCUGGAACUCGUGGAACGUCUUCGUGAAGCUGCUGUGCGCGGGCGAGGGCGACGACGAGCCGCCAUCGACGCCGGCGACGCCGCCGCCGGAGACGCCGCCGCCGGCGACGCCCGAGUCGCGGCCCGGGAGCUCGAGCUCGCCGGCGAAGCCGCGGACGCCCGGCGGCGGCAAGCGCGGCGGCGCCGCGCUGCGGCGGAGCGACACGGACAUGAUCUUCUUCAAGGCCUGCACCAUCGGCCCCAAGGGCCCCAUGAACCCGAUGAAGUCGCUGAACCGCUUCCAAUUCCUCGAGGCCGUCGUCCGCCUCGGCGUCGGCCGCUGGAAGAACGACGUCGACUCGCCCCUCGACGCCGUGCUCAAGACGCUCGAGCGCAUGGCGGCCAUGCUCGAGGACGCGGCGGAGCAGCACAUGUUCCACGACCGCCUCUGGUGCGAGAUGACCGACGACAGCCACCGCGCGAACAUGGAGGGCCUCCGGCGCUGCUACCGCCUCCACAUCGGCGACGGCGAGCGGCCGGGCGUCGAGAAGCGCAUGAGCCUGGGCGAGUGGCUCGGCCUCGCCAACAAAUUGGGGCUCUUCGACGACGGGCCGGGCCGCGCGCCCGUCACGGAGCGCGACGCCAAGGCCGCGUUCUCCCGCGCGCUCGUCGUCCACGAGGACGAACUCGGCGGCGAGGCCUGCCGCAAGCUCACCUACAUCGAGUUCGUCGAGUGCCUGCUGCGCGUCGCCGACGCGCAGGCGAAGAGCGACGACGGCAAGCGCGAGCGCGC